CCCCGAUUAACGUUUCACCUCCUCCCGCCCCGCAGAACCGGCCGGGACCCGGCGAUGCGGAGCGACCGGUGAGCCCUCCCGUCCCGAGGCUGAGCGGCGGGGAGAAUGCAGGAGGCGGAGAUGGGGACCGGCGACAAGGAAAAUCACUCUUUGGAGCCCCACGGGAGCAUUUUGAAAACCCCUUUGAAACAAGCGGCUGCCUCGCACUCGGUGCUGACGGAGCUCCAGCCCGACUGCCAGCCUCUCGCCACCCCCACGAAACCUAAAGAAAUCCUUCCCGUGGAUCCAUGGACCCCGACUUCCAACCUGAAAAUGCUGAUUAGCGCCGCCAGUCCGGAGAUAAGGAGCAGGGAGCAGAGAAGGGAACUGUCAAACAACCCCAGCGAGGUCCUACAGGCAAAACACUGUUUGCAGGAGCACUUAUCGGGAGACGAAUAUGAAAAAUCUCAACCAAGUCGCAAAGAGAAAAGUCUGGGGUUACUGUGCCAUAAAUUCUUAGCUCGGUACCCCGACUACCCCAGCACUGCAGAGAAUAAUUACAUUUGCCUUGACGAAGUUGCUGAAGAGCUUAAUGUUGAACGUAGGCGCAUAUAUGAUAUUGUGAACGUGCUGGAGAGCCUACACAUGGUGAGCCGCCUUGCCAAAAACAGAUACACUUGGCACGGGCGACACAAUCUCCCCAAAACCCUGCAGGCUUUGAAAAAAGUUGGAGAGGAGAACAAAUACACCCAACAAAUCCAGAUGAUCAAGAAAAGAGAGCACGAGCACGAAUUUGAUUUUGAUGGUGAAAAAAACGAAGAGAUGGCAAGACCUUUUGGCUCAAGUGAGCAUUCAGAAAUGUCUUUUGUGGAGCUCCCAGGAAUGGAAUUUCGCGCUGCAUCAGUAAAUAGCAGGAAAGACAAGUCUUUACGAGUGAUGAGUCAGAAAUUUGUGAUGCUCUUUCUUGUGUCGACUCCUCAAAUAGUAAGCCUUGAAGUUGCUGCUAAAAUCUUGAUUGGAGAAGACCAGUUAGAAGACUUAGAUAAAAGCAAGUUUAAAACCAAAAUUAGGAGACUUUAUGACAUAGCAAACGUUCUUAGUAGCCUUGAGCUUAUCAAGAAAGUUCACGUUACAGAGGAGAGAGGUAGAAAACCAGCAUUCAAGUGGACAGGACCUGAGGUCUUGCCAACUAUUCAGGGUACAACACUUGAAACAACUUCUGUGACUCGUCCCCCACCUACUUCAGAAUUCACCCCUUCCAAAGAGCAGUGUUCAAAAAACCUUUUUCCUUUAAAAGGAAAGCAAAAUUUCACUCGGCAUCCCUCUCUAAUAAAGUUAGUUAAAAGUAUAGAAAACGACAGAAGAAAGAUCCAGUCUGCUCCAACCAGUCCAGUUAAAAUAAGUGCAAGUACUGAUCAAAAUUUAUCAGCUUUCCCAGGUGAAACGGCUCAGGUUCCAGCAAUCGCUAAACAUCAGCUGGAAGGACAAUCCAAGAAAGCAAAAGAGAUGAAAAUGAAAUUGUCGAGAUCUGCUUUGGACAGUAAUUUGUCCUCUCCUGAGAUGGUCCUCAAGCUCGAAGCUCCUUGCCCUGCAGCAGGCUCUCAGCAGCCACCGGUGCUCUGUCCUCCAAGCCACGGCUCAGUCUCACCAGUCAUCCUACCUCAGACUCAUUCUGGUGUUUCCUAUGCCAUUUAUCUGCAUCCUUCCCAAGCCCACACUGUGACAACAUACAGCCCAAGUUUCAUGUUGCAGCCUCUACCGCGUGCUAGUGUAACUGGAAUUAAGAGCAUUAGUUCAAAAGUAGUAAAUAAAAUAACCACUGAGGAAGGGGACAAUCAGACAGCUACAGAUGAGCCAACAAAGUCCCUGACAAUUAAAGAAAGACCAACUAUAAAGUCAGAAACUCCAUCACAGCGGUGCCUUAAAAGAUCACAAGCAUUACAAGAGAAUAAUUUACCUAAAAGGUAUAGAAGUGACAAGGAAAACCUUGAUCCUUCGCUGGGAGAUUCCAUUAAAACUGAAAGACCACCUUCCAGUAGCUCACAAACGAAUCACGAAACGGACCAUUUCCAGGAAGAGAGACAGAACAAACCCGAAACGUUAGAUCAAAAUGUGGCGAGUUGCCAUGACCAGUGUAAAAGAGAAGAUAUUCCAGAAGAAGAGAGCAAAAUCAAAAUGAAACAAGACAUACCUGUAGCAUUUGCCAUUCCUGCUCACGAGACUUUUUUUCCAUCUGGCUAUCUUAUUCCUCUUGCUCAGUGCACCCAUGGCAACAAGGCAGGCUUUUCUGAUGAAGAGAAAGCUGGGAUAUGUUCAUUACAGCACACUACCUACAGCUCACCCAUUGCUGGUGUCAUUCCAAUGACAGCAUCCGAACUGAAAGCAGUGAACAUUCCUGCUUUUCAUAUAACACCCUUGAAUAUAAUGCUGUCACCAACCUCUAUAGCUGCUGCACCUGUACUGAGCACCUCCAGUCUCAAUUCAAGCAGCACCACUUCUGCCCCAAAUCCAAGUUCUUCAGUUCUGAACUUUACACUGCAACACGUAGGGCUAAUACCUGCCGGUGUCCAAGUUCCUGCAAAUCCUGUUCUUCAGCAUGUGCCAAUCUCUUCACAACCAGAAAACAGUAGCCAUAGCUCAGAAAAUGUGAACUUGCAAGAGAAGCCUUGUGUUCCAAAGGAGCCCCAGCUGCCCCAGACAGCUACAGAGAACUUCUUCCGCACCCCAGGAGGGCCAAACACAGUCCCUUCGCUAUCUGCAAAUUCAGAUGGUACCAACAGAAUCUCUCCAGGAACUAUGUAUAUUCCUCAACGAAAACUUGAAGUGUCAGAAGACUAAUUUUGGGAUAUCAAAUUGGUGAAAUGUGUUAGCAGCCAUAAUUACUGGUAACACACCGCGCACAUCUUGGCUUAUACGGUGGACAAUGUGUGGUUUAGACCUCGAUACUGGAAUAGCCUUAAUUAAUGCUUUAGAAUCAAAACCGGCUCGUAAUGAGAAAGUCAAUGUCAAAUAAUUUUUCCAAAAGGCUUACCUGAAGUAUUACAGCAACAAAGUUAUGUAUCUAGUGGUUUUUGUGUUGCUUUUCUGCUAUGCAAAGUAAGGUGAAAUUGUCUUUGUAUAGAAAGGUACAGUCUAUCAGUCAGUACAAAUUUUGCACAAAGAAAAGUACUGUGAGUGUGUACAUAUUUUACGUCUUAACAAAAAGCCCAUAGUUAAAUAUGUGUUCAAUAAUGCUCUUUUGUAAAGUUAGUAAAAAAAACAACAAACAAAACCAAAAAAUGAAUUCUUGAUCAAAUUUUAUAUAAGUUAAGAAUUAUUUAUACUGUAUUUUUAAAUCCAU